ACCUACUGUCCUAAUUCUCCAUCUCUCCUUCCACAGGAUUGGUGGCCAGGCGUGGCUAUGGCAUUCUGCCCCAAAGAUCAGUACUGGGACUCCUCAAGGAAAUCCUGUGUCUCCUGUGCACUGACCUGCAGCCAGAGGAGCCAGCGCACCUGUACAGACUUCUGCAAAUUCAUCAGUUGCCAAAAAGAGCAAGGCAGGUACUACGACCAUCUCCUGGGGGCCUGCAUCAGCUGUGACUCCACCUGCACACAGCACCCUCAGCAGUGUGCACACUUCUGUGAGAAAAGGCCCAGAAGCCAGGCAAACCUCCAGCCCGAGCUCGGGAGACCACAGGCCGGGGAGGUGGAAGUCAGGCCAGACGACCCAGGAAGGUACCAGGGAUCGGAGCAUGGUCCAGGAUUGAGGCUAAGCAGCGACCAGCUGACUCUCUACUGUACACUGGGAAUCUGCCUCUGCGCCAUCUUCUGCUGUUUCUUGGUGGCCUUGGCUUCCUUCCUCAGGCGUAGAGGAGAGCCACUUCCCAGCCAGCCUGCCGGGCCGCGUGGGUCACAAGCAAACUCUCCCCACGCCCACCGCCCCGUGACAGAGGCUCGCCACGAGGUGACCGCUUCACCCCAGCCUGUCGAAACGUGUAGCUUCUGCUUCCCGGAGCGCAAUUCUCCCACUCAGGAGAGCGCGCCGCGCUCGCUCGGGAUACAUGGCUUCGCGGGCACUGCUGCCCCGCAGCCCUGUGUGCGAGCAUCAGUAGGCGGCCUGGGUGUCCUGCGCUCACCCACCGGGGACGCGCGUCCGGGAGCUUAACAGCCCGAAAAAUAAAAAAGACAAUUUAGAGGAUGGAAUGACAGAGGGGGAAAGAGAUGGAGAAG